UGUAGCCGUUUGCGCGCAUGCUCAAUCUCAGGGGGAGUGAUAGGAGCAUGAAUGGAGCAAAAUGGCGGAUCAUGUGCAGAGCCUAGCCCAGCUAGAGAUCCUGUGCAAGCAGCUGUACGAGACCACAGACACCAACACCCGGCUGCAGGCUGAGAAGGCCUUGGUGGAGUUUACCAACAGUCCCGACUGCCUGAGCAAAUGUCAGCUACUGCUCGAGAGGGGGAGCUCCUCUUAUUCCCAAUUGCUGGCCGCAACAUGUCUUUCCAAAUUGGUGUCGCGAACAACCAAUCCCUUACCCUUGGAACAGCGCAUCGACAUCCGGAAUUAUGUCCUGAACUACCUUGCAACCAGGCCAAAACUGGCAGCCUUUGUGACGCAGGCUCUUAUCCAGCUGUACGCCAGAAUCACCAAGCUGGGCUGGUUUGACUGUCAAAAGGAAGACUACGUCUUCAGGAACGUCAUCGCAGACGUGACCCGGUUCCUGCAGGACAGCGUUGAGCAUUGCAUCAUUGGAGUGACAAUUCUCUCUCAGCUCACCAAUGAGAUUAAUCAAGCCGACACAACGCAUCCGUUGACGAAGCACAGGAAGAUCGCGUCUUCGUUCCGAGACACCUCGCUCUUCGAAAUCUUCACACUCUCCUGCAAUUUGCUGAAACAGGCAUCCGGGAAGAACCUGAACCUGAACGACGAGAGUCAGCACGGCCUGCUCAUGCAGCUGCUCAAGCUGGCCCACAACUGCCUCAACUUCGACUUCAUCGGCACCUCCACCGACGAGUCCUCAGACGACCUGUGCACGGUGCAGAUACCCACCAGCUGGAGAUCGGCGUUCUUGGAUUCCUCAACCCUGCAGCUGUUUUUUGAUUUGUAUCAUUCCAUCCCCCCGUCGCUCUCGCCCCUGGUCUUAUCUUGCUUAGUACAAAUAGCAUCUGUUCGAAGAUCCCUCUUCAACAAUGCCGAAAGAGCAAAGUUCCUGUCCCAUCUUGUGGAUGGGGUCAAAAGGAUAUUGGAAAACCCACAGAGCUUGUCAGACCCAAACAACUACCAUGAAUUCUGUCGACUGUUGGCACGACUGAAAAGUAACUACCAGCUUGGGGAGCUGGUCAAAGUGGAGAAUUACCCUGAGGUCAUUCGAUUGAUCGCCAACUUCACUGUCACAAGCUUGCAGCACUGGGAGUUUGCCCCCAACAGUGUGCACUACUUGCUGAGUUUGUGGCAGCGGCUGGCAGCGUCAGUGCCCUAUGUCAAGGCCACAGAGCCACACCUGCUGGAGACCUACACACCUGAGGUCACCAAGGCCUACAUCACCUCCCGCCUAGAGUCUGUGCACAUCAUUCUCAGAGACGGGCUGGAGGAUCCUCUGGACGACACGGGAUUGGUCCAACAGCAGCUGGACCAGCUGUCCACCAUCGGGCGGUGUGAGUAUGAGAAGACCUGCGCUCUUCUGGUGCAGCUGUUCGACCAAUCGGCCCAGUCCUACCAGGAGCUGCUGCAGUCCACCAACUCCAGCGCCAUGGACAUCGCUGUGCAGGAGGGGCGUUUGACCUGGCUGGUGUACAUUAUCGGGGCAGUGAUUGGUGGGCGCGUGUCUUUCGCCAGCACGGAUGAACAAGACGCUAUGGACGGAGAGCUAGUGUGUCGGGUGUUACAGUUGAUGAAUUUGACUGACUCCCGUCUGGCACAGGCCGGCAACGAGAAGCUGGAGCUGGCCAUGCUCAGCUUCUUCGAGCAGUUCCGCAAAAUUUACAUCGGAGAUCAGGUGCAAAAAUCCUCAAAGCUUUAUCGCCGUCUCUCUGAGGUCUUGGGCUUGAAUGAUGAAACCAUGGUGCUAAGCGUCUUCAUCGGGAAAAUAAUCACUAAUCUGAAGUACUGGGGAAGAUGUGAACCCAUUACCUCCAAGACCCUCCAGCUUCUCAACGACCUCUCCAUUGGCUACAGCAGCGUGAGAAAGCUGGUGAAACUCAGCGCUGUCCAGUUCAUGCUGAACAACCACACCAGUGAGCACUUUUCCUUCCUGGGCCUUAACAAUCAGUCAAACCUCAGUGACAUGAGGUGUCGGACCACUUUUUACACUGCACUGGGGCGUCUGCUGAUGGUGGACUUAGGUGAAGAUGAGGACCAGUUUGAGCAGUUCAUGUUGCCCUUGACUGCUGCUUUCGAAACUGUAGCACAGAUGUUCAGCACCAACACUUUCAAUGAGCAAGAAGCCAAAAGAACAUUGGUAGGCCUUGUGAGAGAUUUACGAGGGAUUGCCUUUGCCUUCAAUGCUAAGACCAGCUUCAUGAUGCUGUUUGACUGGAUUUACCCCUCCUACAUGCCCAUCCUGCAGAGGGCCAUUGAACUGUGGUACCAUGUCCCAGCAUGCACCACACCAGUGCUCAAACUCAUGGCAGAGCUUGUUCACAACAGGUCACAGAGAUUACAGUUUGAUGUUUCAUCACCCAAUGGAAUCCUGCUUUUCAGAGAAACCAGCAAGAUGAUAACUACAUAUGGCAAUCGUAUCCUGACGAUAGGGGAGGUGCCGAAGGAUCAGGUCUAUGCCCUUAAGCUGAAAGGCAUCUCCACCUGCUUCUCCAUGCUGAAGGCAGUCCUGAGCGGAAACUACGUCAACUUCGGCGUCUUCCGCCUGUACGGGGACGAUGCGCUAGAUAACGCUCUGCAGACCUUUAUCAAGCUCCUCCUCUCCAUCCCACAGAGCGACCUGCUGGACUACCCGAAGUUAAGUCAGUCCUACUAUUCUCUGCUGGAGGUCCUGACUCAAGACCAUAUGAACUUCAUCGCCAGUCUGGAACCUCACGUCAUCAUGUAUAUUCUCUCCUCCAUCUCUGAAGGACUUACUGCACUUGACACAAUGGUAUGUACAGGAUGUUGCUCCAGCUUAGACCACAUAGUAACCUAUCUAUUUAAGCAGCUGUCGCGUAGCACCAAGAAGAGGGCCGUGCCCAUGCCGCAGGAGAGCGACCGCUUCCUGCACAUAAUGCAGCAACACCCAGAGAUGAUUCAGCAGAUGCUAUCAACCGUACUUAAUAUCAUCAUUUUUGAAGACUGCCGAAACCAGUGGUCUAUGUCCCGGCCGUUGCUAGGUUUGAUCUUGCUAAAUGAGAAGUAUUUUGCUGAGCUGAGGAACAGUAUAGUGAACAGCCAGCCGCCAGAGAAGCAGCAGGCCAUGCACCUUUGCUUUGAAAACCUAAUGGAAGGCAUUGAACGGAACUUACUCACAAAAAACCGAGACAGGUUUACACAGAACCUCUCAGUAUUUAGAAGGGAAGUGAACGACUCCAUGAAGAAUUCCACGUACGGGGUAAACAGCAACGACAUGAUGAGCUGACGUUCCUCCAGCUGGAGCCCCCCUCUGCACCCCUGUCCCCCCCGGCCCGGAUGCCUGGGGGGCCCCCUCCACAGCGCCCCGGCCCCCACCGCCACUCCUCCGUACCUGACCUCUCCACGCCUGGUCCCCCAUCUCCACCCCCUCUUUUUUGUGCUUUUUAUAUGUAUAUUUUAAAGUCAGUUUCCGGGUCACAGAUAGCCAUGGUGACUAUACACUGACAGCUGAGGCUCACAGAGAGGACAACGGACAGUUGGGGAGAAGCACGGACAUUGAAAAAGCAACGAGAAAAGCGUCCUCUCCAAACUCUCGCCCAGGGGGUCCUAGCGACGGGGAAGGGGAGCUGCUAAAUUAUAAUACUCUGCUUCUGUCUGCCUUGUAUAAAAAAUAAUCAAGUGUACAUUUUUUUCGUAACAUUUUGAACAAUGUUUAUAAUAAUUCAAUUUGAAAAAAAGAUAAAAAAUAGUGUGAUUGAAGUUUUUACAGUCCAGUAGUGCAACAGUGUUGAGUGCAGGAUUUGGGUGUGUGUGAAGGGUACAUGGAAAAUAUCCAGGUGAUAAAUGAUGUUGUUUGGGAGUGCGUGACAGAUUGGGGUUUGGCGUGAGGGGAGAGAAAGGGUUUCGAGAGAAUUUCGAAUGAUCAGACCUGUUGUAGAUUCUUUUUUUUCGCCCCCCACCUCUGACCUUUCAAGCGACCCUGAGCGUUUGUAAAUACAGACCCCUGCUGCCUUGCAGAUGUUUGUGAGGAGUAUCUGUGCGUCAGUGGGCGUCCUGUCCCCUCCAGUGAACCCAGGGGUUCUGUGCGAGCGACCUUUAACCCCGCCUUGGGAAACGGGCUCUUCUUCCUCCCAGGGUCCCUCGGCAGGGCUCCGUGGGGUCCUCGCUGGCCUUGCCUUCAGCUCUGCCCUCAGGCCUAGCGACUGGACUCUGCAUUACAGCAGAACAAUCUUGGGGCUUGUCCAGUUACCGCUAACACUUUUGUGGGCCAAAAGUGGCCUUGGUCAAAUCAGACAGGCUUCCCGGGAAGUCACCUUAUGGCUGUGCUGUUAAUCCGCCCUGGAGGAGUGUUGUGUGGAAUAUGUUGUGUACCGUGUGAAAGCUGGCGCACGCCCAUGUGAAGACUGGGUGUGGCUCAUGUCGAGACAGUAGUGGUCCUCUCUUCAUCUCGCUGCCCGUUUUCAAGCAAAAUCACCUUUUACGUUACAGAUUCCUCCAAAAGAACCCACUUACUUUGAAUAACUGAAAAAAGAAAACCUAGACGACAGUAGCUCAAAUACUAUCUUUAGAAAUACAGAGUGGAUAUAUGAGUAUAUUAGCAACUUCUGCUAUUCUGAACAAAUGUUGCUGCUAAUUGUGAAGAAGUAGAUCAUCUCUAACCAUGUUCGGCACUCAUGGAUAUUAAACUGAGUUCAUUUCUUCUUCUUUUUUUUUUUGUUAGGAUUUUUUUUUGGUUCCCUGAUGUGAAUGUGUCCUUUUGGAGACUGUUGGGUCCAUUGAGUGAUAAAGUAGCUGGUUGAACUGUUUGGAUGUCUGCUACAUGUAGUGUAAGCAUUGUGACUGCAAAAUAAACAUCAUUGGUUUGUACUGAGAAA